AUGACUUUUAGAUUUGGUCAAAAGUUCUUUGGCAUACGAAACUUUACUAGAGGCUUUUUAACUCGACAAUCGUCACCUUUUAAAGCUCAAGCUUUAAUACCUUUUGUAGUUGAACAAACGUCAAGAGGCGAACGUUCAUAUGACAUAUUUUCUAGACUUUUAAAAGAAAGGAUCGUAGACGAUAGUGUAGCGGCAGUAGUUGUAGCUCAAUUACUAUUUCUUGAAGCUGAAAAUCCAGAAAAACCGAUUAGCUUAUAUAUUAAUAGUCCUGGUGGUACUGUAACCGCCGGUAUGGCUAUUUAUGAUACAUACAUUCAAUCACCAGUAUCAACACUUUGCAAUGGUCAAGCAUGUUCAAUGGGAUCAUUACUUUUGGCCGCAGGUGAACCAGGAAAACGUUAUACACUUCCAAAUUCUACUAUAAUGAUACAUCAACCAAUAGGCGGUGCAUCAGGUCAAGCAACUGAUAUUGCUAUUCAUGCUAAAGAGAUAUUAAGAGUUAGAGAAAGAUUAAAUAAAAUUUAUAAAAAACAUUGUAAUAAACAUACAAUGGAAGAAAUUGAAACGGCUGUUGAAAGAGAUUAUUAUAUGACUGCUGAGGAAGCUCUAGAGUUUGGCUUGGUUGAUAGAGUUUUGGAAAAAAGGGAAGUUACUCCACCAGAACCAUUAAAAUAA